AUUUUGUGCCGCACACGCAGCUAAAAGCCCAGACAGGAGGCGGCCGUGUUUGCUCUCAUGACCAAUUUAUUGUCGAUGAACAUAUGGCCAAUAUUUUGCCUCGCGUCAUUGCGGGGGAAAACAAACAUGGUGCAGUAUUAGCGUGGUAGCUACAGCAGUGCCACUUGGCCAGCUAUGCAAACGCACUUGGACAAUAAGAGGAGAGCAGCACUUGCUGGUCGGGUAUAAAAAGCACAUCAGGCUUAUCGAGGCGUAUGCACUCCUGACUUCCAUUUGGAGAUAUUUCAUUAACAGUAUAGUGUCUUAACUCCACCCACCCUUCCGUAAGCCGCCAGCGGAUUGCCAAAGUGGUGCAGCAACUUUCCGGCAUUAACUGCAUCCGCCGUCCCAGAACAUGUCGUUGACCAACACAAAGACGGGUUUUUCGGUGAAGGACAUUUUGGACCUCCCUGACACAAACGAUGAGGAAGGAUCUAUCACUGGUACCGAGGAAGAUACGGAGGGCUCGGAGUCGACUAAAACACCUGGAGUGCUAGUGCAAACCCCGAUAGAGAAUGUCCAAAACCUACCUUUAAAGAACCCUUUUUAUGAUAAUACUGACAAUCCAUACACCAGGUGGCUUGCAACUACCGACACCAUUCAAUACUCGUUGCACGGUCUGUCUGCAACCUCUCAGGACUCGUCCGCUAAAUCUCCCGAGCCGUCUGCAGACGAGUCACCCGACAACGACAAGGAAACUUCGAGCAGCGGCAGCGACUCCGGUAAGAAGCGCAAGCGGCGAGUGCUGUUCUCCAAAGCGCAGACGUACGAGCUGGAACGCCGAUUCCGACAGCAGCGCUACCUCUCAGCCCCCGAGAGGGAGCACCUGGCCAGCCUGAUCCGUCUCACGCCCACUCAAGUGAAGAUCUGGUUUCAGAACCAUCGAUACAAAAUGAAGCGAGCCCGCGCGGAGAAAGGUAUGGAAGUGAGCCACCUUCCUUCCCCGCGGCGUGUGGCAGUGCCUGUGUUAGUAAGGGACGGCAAACCAUGCCACGCGCUUAAAACUCAGGACUUGGCGUCCACGUUUCAGGCGGGCAUCCCGUUCUCUGCCUACAGCGCUCAGUCUCUGCAGCAUAUGCAGUAUAAUGCGCAUUACAGCGCCGCCGCCACGCCGCACUUCCCCACGGCGCACUUGGUGCAAACGCAACAAUGGACCUGGUGAAGCCGUAGUGACUUUUUUUUUUGAUAGGGCUGCGUUUCAAAGACCUCGUUAAAGAGUUUUUUUUUAUUUUCCAACGAAAAUAAAGAAAAGACUGGUUUUCGCAGCUCGACCCAUUCUCGCCGUUUCAUUUUGGGGGCUGAUGUGUGCGCCGUGUUUACAUUUGUUUUCGUUCAGAAAACCGGUUCCAGCCCUUUCUCCCAGAUCCGAGAAUGUUGAAGCUCUUGUGAAAUUUUGUAAAAUAUUAUUGUGUGUUGUAGAAAUGUUUUUCUUUUGUCCUUCGUGUUAUAAGCACGUACAAGACCACUUUAUAAUUAUAGAAAAUUUUAUUUCUAGCUUUUACGAUGGACCGAAUAUAUUUAUGGCCAUGAAUAAAACAGUGGCAACUUUUAGCUUAUUUUAUUUGGUUUCUUUUCUUUGUAAAUAUCUGUGGUAAGUGUAUGCAAUGCAGAUAUAUUUGGGCGCUCACUUAGUUAUGAAGACAUAGAUUAUAUUCCCUGGAUGAUGGGGAAAGUGGAUCAACAUUUAUCGAUAAAUAUCUCUAUAAAAUGUUGACAGCCGUUGCAAAGAGCGUUGAUGAAAAAUAGGCUACCCCGGUUUUUUUUAUAAGACUUUUAAUAAAAUCCUGUGUUUCAGAAAUUUCGCUUUGAAUUGCGUUUGGUUUUUGACGGAAGGACGGACGGGAUUCAUUGCAUCUUAUUUUAGUUUGAUCGUGAUAUCUGUAGCGUGACUCCUUCAUGAAACAAAAGAAAAAAUAUAGUACUUCGCUUUUUAUGGAAUGGAUUCUUGAUCCUUUUAUAGAAAGUCUACUUUCGAGCAAAGUCGCAUGGGUAUGUAUACAUUUGUUCCACUCUGCUUUCAGAAAGGUCAUUAAUUGCCUCCAUUUUCUGAAUUUAUAUGUAUGGUCACUUCAGCAAAAAGAAGGCUAAAGUCACUUGUGAAACGGGGUAAAAAUCCACUUACUUAAUAUAAGAGGGCUUCAGCCGUUAAGCAGCCUUUCAUCCGCUGGCUCUCUGCGGUUCAGUGCGGCACUCCAACACUCCAGUGCUAAAAAUGGCACUUUUACAAGAAAAAUAUAUCAUGCUCGAGUUUCUUUCUUCUGUUACUCUGCUUUCGUUUUUAAAGCUGUAUAUUUAGGCGAUUCAUUCACUUUGGGUCAGUACUUCAGUGUGCAUUGUGCUAAUUCCGUACUAAGUACUACUACAUGUUUGAUAUGUACUGGUAUGCCCAAUAUUAAAUUCA